UUUUAUUUUGAAAUUUUGUUUUGAAAAGACGUUUUCCUGCCAUUUUGGAUUUCUCGCGUUUAUGUUCCUUCGUCGCAGCAUCUUUCGCGCUGUUGUUUCUCGAUUACGUCUUUUUUUCGUGUUAAAUCGGUGAUUAAUUUGGAGAUGAAUGUCAUUGAUCAUGUGCGGGACAUGGCGGCCGCGGGCCUGCACUCUAACGUGCGACUCCUGAGCAGCCUGCUGUUGACUAUGAGCACCAACAACCCAGAGCUUUUCUCUCCAGCACAGAAGUAUCAGAUGUUGGUUUAUCACGCCGAUGCCAUAUUUCACGAUAAAGAGUACAGAAAUGCAGCUUGUAAGUACAACAUGGCUCUCCAGCAGAAAAAGGUGCUCAGUAAAACCUCUAAAGUGCGUCCUUCCAGCACAGGAGGCACCUCUUCAGUCCAAACCCAGAAUUUGCCUUCAGAGAUUGAGGUGAAAUACAAGAUUGCAGAGUGCUACACCAUUCUGAAGCUGGACAAAGAUGCCAUCUCUGUUUUGGACGGGAUUCCCUCAAGGCAGCGGACUCCUAAGAUCAACAUGAUGCUGGCGAACCUGUAUAGAAAGGCUGGACAGGAGCGGUCAGCGGUCACAAGCUACAAGGAGGUCCUGAGGCAGUGUCCUCUCGCAAUGGAUGCUAUAAUUGGGCUGCUGUCUCUCUCUGUGAAGGGAGCUGAGGUGGCCUCUAUGACCAUGGAUGUGAUUCAGAGUAUCCCUAAUCUGGACUGGCUUUCUGUCUGGAUCAAAGCCUACGCCUUCAUUCAUGGAGGAGAUAAUCACAGAGCUAUCAAUACGAUCUGCUCCCUGGAGAAAAAGUCUCUCCUGAGAGAUAACGUUGAUCUGUUGGUGAGCCUCGCAGACGUGUACUUCCGAGCCGGAGACACCAAGAACGCCAUCCUGAAAUUUGAGCAGGCGCAGAUGCUUGACCCCUAUCUAAUCAAAGGCAUGGACGUGUACGGCUACCUUAUGGCUCGAGAAGGACAUUUGGAUGAUGUGGAGGUUCUUGGCGGUCGAUUGUUUAACAUCUCGGAUCAGCACGCAGAACCCUGGGUUAUAUCUGGGUGCCACAGUUUCUGCAGUAAGCGCUAUUCUCGUGCACUGUACCUGGGGGCCAAAGCCAUUCAGCUGAACAGUAACAGCGUACAAGCUCUGCUUCUGAAGGGUGCAGCGCUGCGCAAUAUGGGCCGAGUGCAGGAGGCCAUCAUUCACUUUAGGGAGGCCAUGAGGCUGGCACCGUGCCGUCUGGACUGCUACGAGGGACUGAUUGACUGUUACCUGGCAUCCAAUGGCAUCCGUGAGGCAAUGGGCAUGGCCAAUAAUAUUUAUAAGACUCUCGGUGCCAAUGCUCAGACGCUUACUAUUCUGGCCACAGUGUGUCUGGAGGACCCCAUGACCCAGGAGAAGGCUAAGACCCUGCUGGACAAAGCUCUCGCCCAGCGGCCCGACUACAUUAAAGCUGUGGUGAAGAAAGCAGAGCUCCUCAGUCGAGAACAGAAAUACGAAGAAGGCAUAGCACUCCUGCGAAAUACACUGGCCAAUCAGAGUGACUGCAUGCUGCACAGAAUGCUGGGAGAUUUUCUAGUCGCUGUUAAUGAGUAUCAGGAGGCCAUGGACCAGUAUAGCAUAGCACUGAGCCUGGAUCCAAAUGAUCAGAAGUCUCUAGAGGGCAUGCAGAAGAUGGAGAAGGAGGAGAGCCCUACAGACGCCACGGUGGAGAUUGACGGGGACGACAUGGAGGGCAGCGGAGAGGAGGGCGACCUCGAGGGCAGCGACAGCGAGGCAGCGCAGUGGGCCGACCAGGAGCAGUGGUUCGGCAUGCAGUGACCAGCGGCACUGGUCCUCGGAUCAGCCUCAUUCUGACUGGUAACAUCAUUCAGCAGGACGCAAACUGAUCCUGGAUCAGCACUUGACUCUGGUGAGGUCUGAGACACACUGUACCUGGCCUACAGAAAUUGUCACAGUGCCACCUGCAGGCCUGGAGCCAUGGAGCACAGGCAGGAAAGCCUGACCAAUCUGUGCAUAAACAUGGAUGAUACUGUAACAGGUGAUGGUGCACAGUUAUAAAGAACAGCACUGAUGCUUGGAAUCACUUUAAACACUUUGGCACUGUGUAGCAAAAGCAAUGCCUUUUAUCAGGGUUUGUCUUCUGGCUUUACACAGGUCACGUGACUACACGACUCUGCUCUGCGAUCUAAUGGUCAUACUUUUGUCUCGAGUCACUUUUCUCUACCAAACCAAACCAUUUACUAAUGAGCUAAAUCGCCCCUUUGUUCUAAGCAGGUAACAGCAAAGCCUUAGUGAUACUUCAGAUCACUGAUUUUUCUCUUAUUAAACUGCAUUGUAACCUCUCGGACACCACACACAACUGCUAUCUCCACACAUGGAAACUGGAAAUACUACAAACUAGCACCAGGAUUGCAGAUUACAUCACAAAUAUUUCUAUAUAAAUAUUUACUUUUUUUUUUUUUUUUUUUAUGGUUGAACUUUUCCCUUUACCUUGUAACAGCCCUUCCCACACGUUCAUGAUUUCCUGACGUCAUUAGUAAGUAAAGAACAAACUCUUCCUAUUCAACUUAAAUUCUUGUAGCCUGAAGUGCUCUUUGUGGUGUUACUUCUUUUUUUAAUUCUAAUGUUUAUAACAAGAUUGUGGCAUUGUGAGGUGUGAACAAUACUAUUUUUCAAUGUUAACAAAUAAAUCAUGACCGAUUCUGUA